AUGUCAGAAGCGAUCACAGCUUCACAAGAACGUUCGAUGCUUCAUCAAAAUGUAAGUAACACUGCUCCUCGAUCUACACAAUUAAAUAGCGGAACCAAGAAGAAUAAUGGAUUUUUGUCGACAUUAGCCAGCUACUUGACCUCCACCGCUAAAAGCGAUCCAAAGCCAAUUGUAAUCCCUAAGAAGCCGCUGAUGACGUCCUGGGAUGAUGUGGAUUUUGUGAAAUUGAAUAAGUUGGUGUGCAAUGUGCUCUACGAACCUAACAAUCAUUAUGAGCCACUAAUUUCUGAAAUUGAAAGAGUGGUUGGUAGAAGACGUGAACACUGCUUCUAUGCUGUCGUCGGAACGAUUUUGGUCCUGAUUUUGCUACACGAUGCAACUGAUCCAAUGGGACCUUCGUCUGUUUCGCUUGGUUUUCAUGUCAAUGUGCUUGUCUACUAG